UCUCUUUCUUGACAGCUCCUAGACUGUUUUGUCAUCCCAGUGGUGAUACUGCUCUCCUGGUUCUUCUUACUGGUACGAUACAAGGCAGUACAUUUCAUUGGGAUCGUGGUCUGCAUUCUGGGCAUGGGCUGCAUGGCAGGAGCAGAUGUCCUCGUUGGGAGACAGCAAGGAGCAGGUGAAAAUAAACUGAUAGGGGAUCUCUUGGUACUGGGCGGAGCAACGCUAUAUGGCAUCUCAAACGUUUGUGAGGAGUAUAUCGUCCGAAAUCUGAGUCGAGUGGAAUUCCUGGGCAUGAUCGGACUCUUUGGCUCCUUCUUCAGUGGAAUUCAGCUUGCAAUCAUGGAACACAAAGAGCUGUUGAAAGUUCCCUGGGAUUGGCAAAUAGGCUUGUUGUAUGUUGGCUUUAGCGCCUGUAUGUUUGGCCUCUACAGUUUUAUGCCAGUGGUCAUAAAGAAAACCAGUGCUACUGCCGUCAACCUCUCCCUACUCACGGCUGACCUGUACAGCCUCUUCUGUGGAUUAUUCCUCUUCCACUACAAGUAUCCAACUCUAUAUCUUCAAUCCUUUUUUUAAAUUCUCACUACAUUGAUCUUUUUAUACAAUUUUGAUAUUCAAAACUUCCCUAGCUAUCUGUAA